AUGAUCUCUGCAGGCAUCUCAGCAGCCGCGGAGAAGUCGACCCAUUUGGAGGGACUUGAAGCAGCAAGGAAGGCCGACGUAGAAGAGCCUGUCUUGGAGUCAGCAAAGCUGAGCAGCAGUGGAUCCGCGGCGAAGCCCAAAAAAAAGCACAAAAGCAAACAGAAGGAGAGAAUCACGGGGGAAAACGCAGUACCUGCAGAACGUGAGGAGGGUUUCGAGCAGCCCUGUGCCUCCCUUCCGGCUGAUAAGCCUAAGAAGCACCACAAGGCAAAGCACGACAGUAAAGGCAAUGAAGGGCAGCCGCAAGAAAAAGAGCACAGCGGCAGUGUGAAUGGUGGCUCACAAGAAGCUUUGGAAAAAAAUGCACAAGAAUUUAGGAGUCAUAAAAAGGAGGGGGAAAUCGAGAAGAAGAACUUGACCUCUGUGGAUUCCGAAAACACACAGAUGGAGUCGGCGGCCAAGAAACAGCACGAGCAACGGGGCGGCAGCAAGAAGUCGGACACGGAGAAGGAAAGUAACAGAACGCUGAUUCACGAAGAGGAAGUGGGGGAAAAGGACGUGAAGGAUGUGUCCGAGAGCCAAACGAUCAACAAUAGCGAAGUCAAAGACGAGGCAACAAAAAAGAAGAAAAAGGAAAAAAGCGAGAAAAAAAAGGCGGCCUCGGAGCGUCGUGGCGAAGAGGCCCCUUUGAUUAAAGCCUCGAGUGGUCAGGAAACCAAGAAAGAAGAAAACUUCAUAUAUGAGGUAGAAAAAGCAACGGCGAUGGGAGGAGACUAUCAGGAAAGCCCAGAUCGGAAGAAAAAGAAAAAGGAAGAGGCAGAGAUGGAGGCCAGAGUCCGGCAGAGGGAAGAAGAAGGGGCUGCAUCUGAGGUAAAGAAGCAGCACAAGGAUGAAGUUUCCCGAAAAACUGCAUCACCAGUCCAGCAGGGCAUGCCGUGCGAUAUUGACAACAGCGAGCGAAAGCAAAGGCCUGAAAAUGGAGGACUAGAGGCAGCGGCUAAGGAGGAUGACAAGAAAACCACCACGACGGACACCAGACAGCUUCUGACGUUCUCUACACGUAUGUCUUGCUGCCUCGCCACUGUCUGGAAAACGGAUAUAGUUACUAUAACACAUUCUUGGAAAGAUUUUGUUAGCUACGCUGUGCGCCGCGACUGGGUGUGUUCUGCGGCUAAGCCUUAA